GUAGCGCAGUGACGGUGCUCUAGAAGACUCACGUCUCCGCUAAAUGUAGUCUUUUUUUUUUUCUACAGUCUAUGGUAGUCAUCCUUAGGAGCCAGCAGAAUCACUCUGAAUGUAGAGAACUCAUUUAUGUUUGUGGCGUUUCCUCCAUCACCUCAAAUGGCAGUUGCGUUUUGCGUUAAGAUCGCUAUUCUGAUGGGACUGCUCUUCGGACAGGCUCGGUCAGCUCGAUUGUACACUGAAGAGGAUCCAGUGGUUAUACUGAGUAGCGACAACCUGAAGCAGACCGUGUUCAACUCCUCCAGCGCCUGGCUGCUUCAGUUCUACUCGUCGUGGUGUGGCCACUGUAUCCAGUACUCGCCUACAUGGAAAGCACUGGCCGGCGACGUGAAGGACUGGGCACAGGCCAUUCGUAUUGGAGUUCUGGAUUGUGCUCAUGAGAAGAACUUCGACAUCUGUAAGGAGUUCGGAAUCCACUUCUACCCCACCUUCAGAUAUUUUAAGGCACGUGACACCACAAAUGAUUUUGGGAAGACAUAUCGAGGGGCUGACAGAGAGCUACAGACAGUGAGGCAGUUGAUGGUGAACUUCAUCCAAAACCACACUAGACAAGACUGGCCUGUGGGUUGCCCUCCCCUUGACCCUGUCAGGUCUGAGAACAUCCUGUCCUUGAUGGGGAAGAAAACGGAGCGCUAUACUGCAGUUAUAGUUGAAGACGGAGACUCUUAUAUGGGGAGAGAGGUAAUUUUGGACCUAAUGCCAUAUGAGGGUAUAGCAGUCAAGAGAGCUUUGAGCGCAGACAAACUUCUAAUGGAGAAACUAGGGAUUAGUUCAGUUCCCUCAGCGUACCUCUUCCACCCCAAUGGCACACACACUGUCAUGAAUGUUCAGAAGAGGCUGCGCUUUUUCUUCUCCUCCUUCCUAAAACUCCUGCCUGGAGUCCACAGGAAACAGUCCACCUCUUCCCUGCAGCGUCCUCAGCCUGGGAAUAAUGGGCAGGGAACCCAGGUGGAGUGGAAAGAGUUUAAAAAGUCUAAGGUAUACAUGGCAGACCUGGAGUCUGGCUUACAUUAUCUACUGAGGGUUGAACUGGCCACCCACAAGACCUUAGAAGGAGAAGAACUAAAAACCUUCAAGGACUUUGUAACAGUUGUGGCCAAGCUAUUUCCAGGUCGCCAGUCUGUGGUGAAGCUUCUUGAGACUUUGCUAGAAUGGCUAGUCAGUUUACCCUUGGAGAAGAUCCCCUAUGAUGCUAUUCUGGACCUAGUUAACAACAAGAUGAGGAUCUCGGGCCUCUACCUGAGUGAUCAAGUGCAGUGGGUUGGAUGCCAGGGUAGUAGUGUGGCACUAAGAGGAUAUCCCUGCUCCCUCUGGACUCUGUUUCACGUUCUGACUGUGCAAGCUGCCAACCGACUCGAUGCUCUAGCCAACACUGGGUUUGAGGAUGAUCCCUUGGCAGUGCUUCAAACCAUGCGUCGCUACAUUGGGACCUUCUUUGGUUGCCAGGAGUGUGGGAAGCAUUUUGAGGAGAUGGCUCAGGAGUCUCUGAACCAGGUCAAGUCGGUUGAUGAGGCAGUACUGUGGCUGUGGAGAAAACACAACCAGGUUAAUGCAAGACUGACAGGCUCAAUGAGCGAGGACCCCAUGUUUCCCAAGAUUCAGUGGCCUACUCCUGAUCUUUGUCCCACAUGCCAUGAGGAGCAAGAAGGCCUUCAUGUCUGGAAUGAACAGAUGGUGCUCGCUUUCCUCAAACAACACUACGGUGCUUCCAACAUCUCCCCAAAAUACUCCAGUAGCAGCCAACCAGAGCCAGGCCUUCCGGCUCCUGAAAAACUCAAAGCCAUAACCAAACCUAACAGCAACAUUCACCUCAACCAGAACCUAAAGCCAUCUCCUGAGAAUCUUCCUAAACAUCAGAAGAGGACUGGCUCCAAUGGUGCAGAAGAGAAGCACGCUGGUAUCCAGAUAGAAGCCAGACCAGGGAUGACGUUCCUGGGUCUGGGAUUCUCCAGCGUGGACAUGAGUCUCUGCGUGCUGCUUUACGCCCUCUCCUGCGUCUUUCUCAUGUUCAUGUUCUUCUUCUUCCGCUUCCGCUCAAAGAGAUGGAAAGCCAGAAACUACCGGCCUUAUGUAUAGUGCAGGAAUACUGUGGAAAACUGUGAAUAAGGUGCCAAGUGUUGAAGGAGACUUUUAAUUUAUUUGAUUCAUAUUAUUUUGGGGGGGGGUUUGUUGUUGUUGAUGUUUUUAUGAAGUAUUUUGUAAUGAAGAACUUGUCUAAUGACUGAUGAAAGCUCCGCUCAGGCCUAAUCGUGUAAACAAGCACCUAUUGGCGAGUGUUUCUCAACCCUAAACAAAUAGAGAGGAUGAUUUAACAUGAGAAACUAUUUUAUUAAAGGAAAAGUAACAACCUAGGUCAAAGUAUAUUUUUAUGGAAUAUUCUACAUUAUUUAUAGAGAUUUUUAUUGAAAUAAUAUAUCCUAACUUAGUUUCUCAUAGGGUAUACAUUGCUCUCUAUGAAAGUCACUCUGUCCCCAUAUUUGAUGGUCCAAAAAAAACACUUGAGAAACUUGAUUUAUUCUGUCACUCAAGGUCACUAGCUGAGAAGCCAGUGACAUGUAACACUGCCUAUCAAUGACCAGUGGAAAAACCCUCGGUUUUGUUACUCUCAUGGGCCAUUGAAAUCUGUUACAUACAGUAGGCUGCUUGAACUAUGUUUGUAAUUCUGCAUGUGAAGAGCUACAGUGGCACAUUAUUGUUGUUAUUAUUAUUGACUUAAAAAGGUCGCUUAAUUCCUGGAAUUUUUUAUUUAUUUAUUUUUUAAUCUUUUUAAAUCUGGUUGAAAAGCUUCAUAAGUGGUUUAUUGGUGCAAUUCUGUAGCAAGGAAUGUAACAGUUAAAAAUGUUUUUUUUUUUUUUUUUUUUUUUUCUCCUCUGUAGAUCACCUUUGAACUGAAACUUACAGUGACUUGGACUUUUUUAAUGUAACAUUAAAUGCAUUCUGUUGUAGAACUAAAAGAAUAUGUUGAACCCUAAGGGAAAAGAUUAUUAUAAUGAACUCAUAGGAUUCCUGAUCACAGACCAUUCAUUGCUCAACAUAUAUAUCACUACAGCAGUAUUUUGAUUCAAAGUUUAGAAUUAAAAUGUGUUGAUAUUUUGAACAUUUUCAGUAUCAUUAUCAGCAUUUGAUUUGUGGACAUAGUGAAAUCAUGAGCUGAACACAUUACUUCAAAUAUCUAUUGAAGCAGUGUAAAUGGGACCUGAGGCUAAUUAUUUAUGAAGCAUAUUAUUAAUAAAAUGCGGCUUCUGUGUUGUGACAGUAUGUGCUCAUGGCCUUCUGAACUGCUCCAAAUAAAUGGCUGUUAAUUACAUUGUGUUUUCUUUUUAUUAUUAUUUCCAGUACUUUAAGAAUAAUAUUUUUAUGUAAAGACUAUUUUUGGGGGCAGUUGUUCUGUAUAUAUGCAGUUUGUCCUUACAGGGAAGUUGUUGCAUUUUGUAUAAAGAAUACUGUAUGUUGUCUUUCAAAUAAAAAUGUAUAAAUCCUGAAUUCAUAACUGCAUACAAUGAAACACAAA